ACCAAACCCCCCUCAAUAAUCAAACUCCCCUAAAUCGCAAGGUAUAUCUUGUGCAUCUACACUUCCCCUUUUUUACAUUCAAAAAUUCAUCUCUCUCUAGGGUUUAAUCAUCAUGUCGUUGAGACCUAACGCCAGAACCGAGGUUCGCCGGAACCGUUACAAGGUCGCCGUCGAUGCGGACGAAGGAAGGCGCCGGAGAGAGGAUAAUAUGGUCGAGAUCCGGAAGAAUAAGCGAGAGGAGAACUUGCUUAAGAAGCGUCAAGUGCUUCCGUCUGCUCAGCCGCUCGCCACCGGUGCUCCGGUGCCGGUUUCCACCAUCGAGAAGAAGUUAGAGAGCCUUCCGUCUAUGGUUGCUGGAGUCUAUUCAACUGAUAACAACAUGCAGCUUGAGGCAACUACCCAGUUUCGUAAAUUGCUCUCAAUAGAACGGAGCCCGCCAAUUGAGGAAGUUAUACAAUCAGGUGUGGUACCACGCUUCGUCGAAUUCUUGAUGAGAGAGGAUUUUCCACAGCUUCAGUUUGAAGCUGCGUGGGCACUUACAAACAUUGCUUCUGGAACUUCUGAGAAUACAAAGGUUGUAAUCGAUCAUGGGGCUGUUCCAAUAUUCGUUAAGCUUCUUGCUUCUCCAAGUGAUGACGUUCGUGAACAGGCUGUUUGGGCGUUGGGAAAUGUAGCUGGUGAUUCACCGAGGUGUCGAGAUCUUGUUCUUGGUCAAGGUGCUCUGCGUCCACUGCUGGCUCAGUUAAACGAGCAUGCAAAGCUUUCCAUGCUGAGAAACGCAACAUGGACACUAUCGAAUUUCUGUCGGGGGAAACCACAACCCCCUUUUGAGGAGACAAAACCAGCACUACCUGCCCUUGAGCGUCUUGUUCAUUCAAACGAUGAAGAGGUGUUGACCGAUGCAUGCUGGGCUCUCUCCUAUUUAUCUGAUGGUACAAAUGACAAAAUUCAAGCUGUCAUUGAGGCUGGUGUUUGCAGACGUCUUGUUGAGCUUCUCUUGCACCCGUCUCCUUCGGUUCUCAUUCCUGCACUACGAACUGUUGGCAACAUUGUGACUGGUGAUGAUAUGCAGACUCAGUGUAUUAUUGAGCAUGGUGCACUCCCGUGCCUGCUGAGUUUGUUGACCAAUAACCACAAAAAGAGCAUCAAGAAAGAAGCCUGCUGGACGAUCUCAAACAUAACUGCUGGAAACAAAGAGCAAAUCCAGUCGGUAAUUGAAGCUGGGUUAAUCGCUCCCCUAGUUCAUCUCCUCCAGACUGCUGAAUUUGAUAUAAAGAAAGAAGCUGCAUGGGCGAUUUCAAACGCCACUUCUGGUGGCACUAAUGAACAGAUCAAGUAUUUGGUUAAUCAGGGUUGUAUCAAGCCACUAUGUGAUCUCCUCGUGUGUCCGGAUCCAAGGAUUGUGACGGUGAGUUUAGAAGGGCUCGAGAACAUCUUAAAGGUGGGGGAAGCCGAGAAGAACUUGGGUAACACCGGAGACGUUAAUUACUAUGCUCAGUUGAUAGACGAUGCCGAAGGUUUAGAAAAGAUCGAGAACUUACAGUCUCACGACAACAAUGAAAUCUAUGAAAAAGCCGUUAAGAUCCUCGAGACUUAUUGGUUGGAAGAAGAAGACGAGCCCGUUGUUGAUGGUUCACAGCCUGCUUUCAACUUUGGUGGCCCAACUGCUCAAGUUCCACCUGGCGGGUUCAAUUUUAACGGCUGAAAGUAAUCACAAAGGUAUGUCGGGUUGGGUCAAAGUUCAAGUCUGGUCGGGUCGGGUCAGGUCAGGUGUAGUCGGGUCAAGGUCAGUUUGGGUCAAAGUUGGGUGUAGUCGGGUCCAUGUCUGGUGUAGUCGGGUUAAGGGCAUAUAAAUGGCGGUCCAGGUACAAUAAAGGAACGGGUUCAGAGUUUGGGGUGGGCGGUUGUUUGGUUUUUUGUUUACCUCGAGUCGUUGAAUGUUUUGGAACAAUGUUCGAGGCGGAUAUGAAUGAACGUCGUGUACGGGUCGUUUUGUUUUGGUAUUAAAGGGGUGAGUGUAUAUUCAUAUGAUGUUGAAUCUAUAUUUCAUAUUUGUAAUGUUAAAUUUUAUGUUCUCAUGGGAUGAUGGUAUUGAUUUCUUUA